GCGCAUGCGCCGUGCGCGCCGGUUCCGCCGCCGAGGCUCCGGGCCGGUCCCCGCCCGCCGGUCGCCCGCUCGCCCCGAAGGGCUAUGAGGCCGUAGGGCCCGCGGGCCGGAGUAGCCUUCCGCCGCCAGCAUGUUCGGCCGCUCCCGCAGCUGGGUGGGCGGCGGGCACGGGAAGGCCGCCCGCAGCAUCCACUCCUUGGACCACCUCAAGUACAUGUAUCAUAUUUUGAGUAAAAAUACGAUUGUAACGGAUCACAACCGCAACCUGCUGGUGGAGACCAUUCGUUCCAUCACAGAGAUCCUGAUCUGGGGGGAUCAGAAUGACAGCUCAGUGUUUGACUUUUUCUUGGAGAAGAAUAUGUUUGAGUUCUUCCUGAACAUCCUGCGUCAGAAGUCAGGUCGUUAUGUGUGUGUGCAGCUGCUGCAGACUCUGAACAUCCUUUUUGAGAACAUCAGCCAUGAAACAUCCCUGUACUACCUGCUCUCUAAUAACCAUGUGAAUUCUAUUAUUGUCCACAAAUUUGACUUUUCUGAUGAGGAGAUCAUGGCAUAUUACAUAUCAUUUUUGAAAACUCUUUCCCUGAAACUCAAUAAUCAUACUGUACAUUUCUUUUAUAAUGAGCACACUAAUGACUUUGCUUUGUACACUGAAGCUAUUAAGUUUUUUAACCACCCUGAAAGCAUGGUCAGGAUUGCUGUUAGGACUAUAACCUUAAAUGUCUACAAAGUGGACAACCAGCCUAUGCUGCAUUACAUUCGAGAUAAAACUGCAGUUCCUUAUUUCUCCAACCUAGUCUGGUUUAUUGGCAGCCACGUGAUAGAACUGGAUAACUGCGUGCAGACUGAUGAAGAGCACAGAAAUAGGGGCAAACUGAGCGACCUGGUAGCAGAACAUCUUGAUCAUUUGCAUUACCUUAAUGAUAUCCUUAUCAUUAACUGUGAAUUUUUAAAUGAUGUGCUGACAGACCACCUACUUAAUAGGCUCUUUCUUCCCCUCUACGUGUAUUCAUUAGUAAAUCAAGACAAGGGUGGAGAGCGUCCAAAAAUAAGUUUCCAGGUUUCUCUCUACCUUCUUUCUCAAGUUUUUCUGAUUAUACAUUAUGCUCCUUUGGUGAACUCCUUGGCUGAGGUUAUACUCAAUGGGGACCUCUCAGUGUUUUCUUCCAAGGUUGAGCAAGAUAUACCGAAAAACUCAGCCAAGUCAAGUAUCAGAUGUUUCAUAAAACCCACAGAAACACUUGAGAGGUCUCUUGAAAUUAACAAACAGAAAGGGAAGAAGAGGAUGCAGAAAAGACCCAACUAUAAAAAUGUUGGUGAAGAAGAUGAAGAGGAGAGAGGAUCUGAAGAUAACCAAGAUGAUCUCGAUAAAAGUAAAGGUACAGAAGCAAGUUCAAAGGGUGUAAGAGCAAGCACUGAAAAUGAAGAAAUAGAGAUGGUAAUCAUGGAAAGGUGUAAGCUGUCAGAGCUGUCUAUCUCUGCUGUGACAGAACAGAAUACAACAGAUGAAGAAAAGAGUGCAGCUGCUUCUGGGAGCGAGAUGACAAACUGGAACAGGCCUUUUCUUGAUAUGGUCUAUAAUGCACUGGACUGUCCUGAAGAUGAUUACUACGCCCUUUUUGUGCUCUGUCUUUUAUAUGCAAUGUCACACAACAAAGGACUUGACUCAGUCAAGUUGGAAAGAAUUCAACUUCCAGCUCAACAUGCUGAAGAGAGAAAUUCAUAUAAUCAUGUCCUUGCGGAGGGGCUCAUCAGGAUAAUGAAUUAUGCUGCACAACCAGAUGGAAAAAUUCGUUUGGCAACUUUAGAACUUGGCUGCCUAUUGCUGAAGCAGCUUGUGUUUUCCAAAAAUGGCAGGAUCAUAAAAAGUGUUCACCUUGAUUGUCUUGAGGGUGCAAGGGAGGAAAGUGUUCAUCUCCUUCGCCGUUUCUAUAAGGGAGAAGAAAUCUUUCUGGAUAUGUUUGAAGAUGAAUACAGGAGUAUGACAAUGAAACCUAUGAAUGUAGAAUACUUGAUGAUGGAUGCUUCAAUCUUGCUACCCCCAACGGGGACACCUCUGACAGGGAUUGAUUUUGUGAAGAGGUUGCCUUGUGGAGAUGUAGAAAGAACACGAAGAGCAAUCAGAGUUUUCUUUAUGCUCCGUUCACUGUCACUGCACUUGCAAGGUGAGCUGGAAACUCAGUUGCCACUCACGAGGGAGGGAGAUCUGAUAAAGGCAGAUGAUGUUCUGGAUCUGAAUAACAGUGAUCUGAUUGCUUGUACAGUCGUAACAAAGGAUGGGGGUCAAGUUCAAAGAUUCCUGGCUGUGGAUAUUUACCAGAUGAGUUUGGUUGAACCAGACGUUGCCAGACUUGGAUGGGGAGUAGUUAAGUUUGCAGGCCUUCUGCAGGAUAUGCAGGUGACCGGAGUAGAGGAUGACAGCAGAGCCCUGAACAUAAUAAUUCACAAGCCUGCCUCCAGCCCUCACUCGAAGCCCUUCCCCAUCCUGCAGGCCACGUUUAUCUUUGCGGAUCACAUUCGCUGCAUCAUCGCCAAGCAGCGCCUGGCCAAAGGCCGCAUCCAGGCUCGGCGCACCAAAAUGCAGAGAAUAGCAGCUCUCCUGGAUCUUCCUGUUCAGCCUUCAACUGAAGUUAUGGGUUUUGGACACAGCUCCGGAGCUGCAGCCCAGCACCUCCCAUUUAGAUUCUACGACCAGUCCCGGCGUGGGAGCAGUGACCCGACAGUGCAGCGCUCUGUCUUUGCAUCUGUUGACAAAGUCCCAGGCUUUGCUGUAGCCCAGUGCAUAAAUCAGCACAAUCCAUCCCCACUCUCGUCACCAUCCCCUUCCAGUGGCAGUACAGGGCGCUGUGAUUCAGUGACUGCAAGCUCGACAUCCACUCCUUCUGCUGCUCAGAGCCCAGCAGGUCUGGCAGGAAAGGACGCCGGCGGGUGUUUAGUCUGUCGGAGGCUGACAGUCACGGUGGACACUGGGUUUAGGCCUUCCAGCAGCAGCUGCAGCAGAAACUCCCGCAAUACCCACUCAGAUGAUGCUUCAGCUGCAGAGCAGCCUCUGACGGCCAGUUCCGGUCAGACAAUGUUGACUGAUGAAACUCUUUCAGCUGUUUCAAAGUCCAGCAGAAAUGUUGUAAAACCCAGUGACAUAGAAACAGCCAACCUGUCUCCCAGCCUGAUUCCUGCACAGCAGCCCACAAUAUCCUUACUCACAGAUGACAACACGGACACACUGAGCGUGGAGUCGCUUACACUGGUGCCACCAGUAGAUCCACACAGCAUCCGAACAUUCAGCUGCAUCCCUCAGGCCUCUUUGCAGUCUGAAGUUGAGGUUGACAAGGUGAAAGAGGUAGAGGAAGAAUGUUCUGAUUAAAGCCACCAUGCAGACUGUAAUAAACAGUGAAGGAAGUGCAACCAAAUUGUGAUUUUUUUUUUUUUUUCCCCCUCUGGGAGUGCAGAUAGUUCUGGAGGCCUGAGAGGCUUCAGGUCCACAUGAAGGGACCAAGUGGUGACAGAGAAUGUCAGCAGUUUUUAGAGCCAGCAUCGGAUACUCAGCAUAUCUGAACUGGGGAAGAGAGAAAAACCCAAACUUUUGAAUCUGAAUUGGUUCUUUCCUACCAGUUUCUGUUAUACAAGAACAUGAACAUAUUUCAGAGGACCUACUGCCUUUCUAAUAGGAACUAAUUAAUUGCAAAAGGUCUACAGUAUUAUGGCAAAGUGAAGAGAUUUCUGGAUCCCAGCUUCAUGGUACUGCAUUGUUACGUCUCUGAAAUGGGAGACAUGCCAUUGACCAGAAAAAAAUUAUAUAUUAUAGGACAGAGGUAAAACUUCCAUUUGAGACAGGGUGAUUUUUUUCAGUUUGGUGUUUGGUUUUGGGUUUUAUUUGUGGAAGAGGGGUUUUGGGGUUUUAUUUGGUUUUUUUUGGUUGGUUGCUUGUUUUUUUAUUUAAUCCUAAUCUUGUUCAUCUUUUGGAGGUCUGCACAAUACCAGCAGGCUUGGCCACAUUCAGUAUUGUCUUUGUAGGACUCCAGACUUCAAUAUUAUGUUUUCCAUAUGUAAUAUUUAUUUCAAGGUUUGAUUUAAAGUUAAAACAAUGCUUGUUCAAAUUAACAUAAGGGAUUUUUGAGACUACUUUAAUCUUUGCUUAGGUUCCUAGAGAGGAAUGUAAAAUAUUUUAAAAGAUUGCGAUAGCUUGUUUGUUCACUUCUGACAGUCAAAUUGCUACACGUCUGAGGAAUGGUGAUACCCCUGCAACUGAAAGACAACUUCAAGAAGCAGACAGCAGCAGUUUUACUCUAAAGAGAUUUUUCAAAUUUUUCAUAGUCAUGUAGGAAGAAGGUCACCAUAUCAAACUGCUAAUUCCUUUGUAAGUCUAAUCUUGAAAGGUAUUGUUUAUUUUUUUUCCCUGUCUGGGAUAGUAUCCCAGUUAAAUGACAUUAAGCAUACAUAAAAGUGAUUCUGAGUUAACAUUACUUCCUAGAUCCUGACACCAAGUUUAAAGAAAAGGGAAAGAUGUUUCUUAAAGUUUGGAAUGUUCUUUGCUGAUUUGAUACAUAAUUUAACAUGAAAGGAAUUUAAGAUUUUUCAUCAAUUUCCAAGUAAGUUAAUUUAAGUUAAUAGUAAAAUGAGUAGCUUGUCAUUGCUGGUUCUUAAUACUGAGUUGGCAAUUCCUCAAAGGAGGACUGCUGUUUACUUGGUAUUGAUUUCAGUCACCACUGCAAUCUAUUUCCUCAUUCUGUCUCUACUGGCAUUGAGUUCUUAUCAAAUGGGUGAAUCUGCAAAGUUUUUACUCACUUCCCAGUUGCUUAUCGUACCUCUUCCUGGCUGUCAUAGGGAAUACUUGAAGUGAUUUUUCAGUGAUAUGUGUGUGUGUAUAUAUAUAUGUGUAUAUAUUUUUAAUAUAUAUUCAUAUAUAUUCAUAUAUAUAUAUAUAUAUAUAUACAUAUAUGAGAUUGACUAAUUCACAGGUACCGCUUUUCUCACUUUUUUGUCUUCUUCACAUAAUUGAAUCUUUGCUAACUAGAUAUAUGAGGUGUCUGCUACUGAAUGCCAGUAAUUUUUCCCCCUAUUAACUUUUUCAUAUUGUUUUGAUUUCUAAUUUUCUGUGACUACUUCUUUAUCUCAAAUUGAAUUAACUGAUACUCUGACCAUUCCAGAGUGGCCUAAACUCUAAAUGAACUUAGAGUUAGAUGUCCUCAGCACUGCAGUGGAUUUUGUAUGAAAAUCUGACAUUACUGGAAUAAGAGCCUGCUUUUUGGGUUUUUUGUUUCAUGCUUAAGAUGAAUUUGCACUCAUGUAGUCACUGAUGCAGCUAAUGUGCAUGUACCUAAACAAGCCUAGACACAUCAGUAGCAAUCUGGGCUCAAGAACCACAUGAAUUUUUAUAAGCUGCACUGAUUGCAGUCUAGACUUUCUCUAAAAUGGUGCAGCAUUACACUGUAGUCUCAGUAAUGUUCUGAAGACCAUUAUAAAAAUUGCCUCACUUAAUUAGAAAGCAUUUAAUGUUAGUUAUUAACCUUACAUUCUUGACCUAGAUUACAGAAAAUACCACUGUGCAGGCUGAGUUCCCUUAAAUAGAAUUAAUUUUAGACUGGAAAACCUUGAUCUUAAUUUAUCUCAUUUCACAUUCAGUUCUAGCAAGAUUAGACCCAUGCACAAAGAGUCUUUUCAAUGCAUAUGCAUAUGAAUAAUCUCACCCCUGAGCUGUACUGCCCAAGAAAUGGGGCAAAGGGAAAGAAAGGUGACUUUGUGCUUUUCACUGCCUUUGAGUGUCUUUUAAAUCUCAUCAUCACUUGUCUAGUGAGAGCUUCACAGGAAAUUACUUAGGUACUGUUAUUAGGAAAAUAGAAGAAUAGGUCUGCUGUUAAUUUGUGAUUACUUCAAGCAAUCCAGGAAUUCAGUAAUUGCCCUGGAAUUGUCAUUUCACUAGCAGUAAAAUAAACUUUAUGCUUGAAGACGUAGGCAAGCUAUCAGACAAGCAGGUUAAACUGAGUGUGUAAGGAUGAAGCCACUUCCUAAGAGUAAACACUUCACUGCCAUGGUGCUGUCACUCUGGGGUAAAAUCAGUCACUUCCUGCAGGAGAUAGGGAGCCCCAGAAUAGUCUCAGGAGCAGUGGCACUGACCACCAGGGAGUAGUAGUCAAAAAACCCACACCAAGCUAAACAUUCUGCUCUUGUCUCCACUAACAAGCUGAAGUGAAACUUGCUUUUAAAAGAGCAUUGCCCAGGCAGGCAGCUGCUGUCUGGGAAAAGAAAUGGUUUAGUCCUGUAGUUGAAUCAGAGAUCUGCAGAGGCAUCACCUGGAGGCAGGGAGAUUGAGGCCUUUUGCCUCCAAAGUAAUUAGUCUCCUUCUUUCAGGCAGUCUAAUGUAGCCAUCUAAAUAUGUGUAGAAAAUUCUCUUCUUAACUGCUACUGUCCUUCUUGAAAGAGUUUUUUUGGUAUGACCUACCUUAAGAAAUCAUUCACCUGGGCACUGUUCUUCUAUUAUCUAGCAAUCUUUGGGGAAGUUCUCCUGUGCUUGCUGUGUUUCUCUUGACCUUUCCCAACAUUUGCAGCAUGAAUUAGAAACAAAUAGAAUAACUCUUCCCAUCUCCUACUGGUUUCUGAAAAGCAGAGGGUGAUCCAAGCAGGGCUUGCUAGGGUGGGAUGUUUUUAGGGGUUGGGAGGGGAGUAGUUCUUGGGGGUUUUUCUGCUGCUCAAUACUUGAGCAGCAACAAAGACAUAGGAGAUGCAGUUCUUGACUGAGUCUCAAACAGAGGGUUCUUUCAUAUGGAAACAUAUUUUUAUAUUACAUUUGUACAGAAUUUUCCCUAUUUUGAUCUCCCAGCAUUUUUAGAUUUGCACGUUGCUCAGUUUUGAUUUCUUUUGCAAGGUGUUAUAAAAUAUAUAUUUUGUGUUUGUUAAUGUAUUAUAAAUGUAAAGCUAAAUUUUGGUUGUCUAAUAAAUGUGCACUGUGGUGGUAUCUGGUUUAUUGUUUUGUUAACUUGAAUUGACUGGUUCUUAAUAUGAAAAGGAAAAAGUUGUCAUUGUUGGGGCUGUCUUGUUAGCAUAAAUAAAUGUGUGGAGUGCAUUUAUUUUAAAAGUAACUAAAAAUGGCUUAAGCAGGUAAUGACUAAGAAUACUUGAUGACAAAAGUUAAGGUCCAGACUAGUUCACAGGAUUCUUUUAAGAUCAUAAUCUGAAGAUUCAUGAGAUUAUUUUUUUGUCUUGUUUCCCAUUAUUUUUGGUUAUGGAUACUCAUACUAAAGUGAGUUUAAGACACAGUAAUUGCAAUCUGAUAGUAUGUAUGAGAAGAUCUGAGGGUUAGUGUUUGGCUGUAUUUAAGGACUAACUGUGGCAAAAGUAUUUACAAUUAACAUGAAGAUUUUUUUUUAAAGAUUGAGAACAGAUUCAAGUGUGCAAAUUUAUAGACUAUUACAAUGUUUAGGAGCUUUGUUUUGCCCAGGGACAGCACUAACUAUACAUUGUCACAACUUCAGGAAACCCUCUGGAAGCAUUACAAAUUUUAGAAGAUAAUUUUAGGCAUCUCCACUUGUAAAUAACUGUGUUGAUAUUUUUGUUGCAAACUUUUUUCUUCAUUUUUAGCUGCUUGGUAAGUUUGAUUGUUUUCAGUGCAAAGAGGUAGAAAUGUAUUUUUCUAGAAGAAUGAAUGUACCUGGGAUUUAAGCACUACAAAAAGCAUUUAAUGAGCAUGGACUGUCCUCCUAUGAAAUAUAUUUCAGUAAAGUUAUCUGAAAUGUAGUUCAUUUGAGGAAAAAAGUCCUGAACAUGCACUUACAUUUACAUGGAAAAAAGCCCAAACAUGGUGUGAAUCGAAUUCUGAAAUGUCUUUCUACAGGCAAUAAGUAUUAAUUAUUUAAUGUAAGUUAUGUUAGACAUUUGGAGUAAAUGUGAUAUCUUAUGUUAAUUUAAAGAACAAUGUAACUAAGCAUCUGGGAAGGGAGUGGAAUUAGAAAAUACUGGUGUGUGUUUCUGAAAACCAGACUUCUGAGUCUGUAUUUGCUGGCAUUGAGAAUUUGUCGUGGCUAUUGAAAACCUGGACAAGAACAAGGAAUAGACCUUUCUUUGUAAACGGAACUUGGCAAUAAAAAUGGUGUUACUAAGAAAA